CAAGGAAAAACAUCCACGACGUUUCUUCGGAAAAGCAAAGGACUGAGGCUGCCUCUACAGAAAAGGACAUGGUUACUCUGGACGCCCAUCGGAUGCCCUCCAGAGGGGAAGAGUGUGAUUCCCACGCGUUGAACCUGUUGGCCGAUUUAGCACUGAGCUCCUGUAACUCUCCCUUGGACGGGAACAAUCGAAGAGACUUCGUCCGUUUCCGUCCAUCCUGGGAACAUCGCCUGCCCCGUGGGAAAUUUUUGCACAAAUCGUCAGAUCACGAAUAUCACAGGGCUACCAUGAAACGGAAAAGCGCUUUCCUGCCAGGACAGCCGCCCCGAUCGCCCCUUUGGCCCGCCAAGGAUAAGGACGGGCCUUUGAACGCUAAGGACCGAAGCGGCAUGAAUCCCGUCAAAAAGAAAAAGGCGAGGAUCAACCUCGCCAAAACUUCUCUGGCCCUUCCAAACGAGACCGGGGAUCUGUCAGACUCGAGCGCCAUCAUUUCCUUAGAGCACUCAUACGCCUCUCCCAUCUCCGAGACGCCCCCAAAAGCAACGCCGCGUUCUCCCAACUCGAAUGGGGUGAAGCAGGAUAAACCGGGUCCAUUGGUUGGAAAAGUGCUUCCUUUCCAGCACCAGCAGAAUUGGUGCCGACCGGACAAGCCAGUUACGAACCAUUUAUCGCCCGCUCGCUCUACCAUCCUGGCCAACCGGCUGAAGGAGGAGUUCGCCACCAGUCGGCAAGUGACAUCUUGCGACAAAACUGUCCAAGUUACUCUCCAGUGGGAGGCAAAAUAUGUCUUUGACUUAGAUAGCAAAUAUACAAAUGAUUCCUUAGAAAAAACCAUCAUACGGGCAGUACACGGGCCCUGGGACGGAAGCCUCUCGGACGACCUGGAAGAGAUGAAGCUCAUCCUCCAUAUGUGGGUGGCACUGUUUUACGGCAAACCGGCCCCAACCCUGACGGUACGAAAAGUGGUGGAGCACCGAAACCCGGCCAAGUACGUCUCCCUGAACAGCCUGGUGGAGCCCUUGGAGUUCCUUGGUGAUGGUGGCGAGCCUUAUGUGCUGGAGGAACGCCUCGCGGCUUCUCUCCCCAAAACUGUCCAGAGACCUGCCGAAGGAGGGGAAGACGGAUCGGUUUCUCCUCCCGAGAAGCUACUCCCGGGCAGCGAACUGUCCGCCACCAACUCCUUAGAGGACGAGAGUCCUCUGACAGAACUUGAAGCAACAAAGGACCUGCCUGAGAAGGAAGGACCGUCUCCUCCUCCAAAGUCCAUUGACGAGGCGGUCGAAGCAGAGCCCAAGGAACAAACCUCACUUCACCCUGUGCUUCCUGUUGAAACCCCGCCUGGGUCUGACGAACGUGGGAACCCUCCGAUCUCUCAAACCAAGACGGACAGAAGUCAAGAGACAAUGUUGGUUGAAACUCCACAAAAUGAGGCAUCCGUGCCUUCGGGACCUCCGGAGGGUACAAGAAACCAAGAGCCUGAUGCAAGCACCAAAGUUGCCGUUGCGGUACCAAAGAGGGGAUCUGACAUUGGGUCUUCUUCUUCUUCAGAAGAAGUGAAGAAGGACAACCUCCCAGUUGGUAGUCCCAACCCAGGAACGUUGAAAGGAGAGGGGUUGAAAGCAGAUGUGGAGUCUCGGGAGCCCAGUAAUCCAGGAAACGGAGUGGGAAACCAGCCCAGACUCCGUACGGAGGAGCGAGAUGGAGAAAGCGUGGACUUGGGAUCCGUUGAUCUGUGGCUCUCCAAAAGCAACGAAGAUGACAUGGAAGUCCGAGAUAUGGAUCUGGUUUCAGAGGAUGAGGAAGAUCCUCUGCAGAGCGGUGAGACAGGAAAAGAAAAAACAGAUGGUAUGAUUGAUGACAAGUCAUCUGAACAAGGUCCUCUCCCAUCUAGGGCAUCGUCCCCAGAUGCCUCGCCUGGGCAUCCGACAGAAUUCCCGAAUGUCCAAGAAGCUGAGGUACGACUGUCCUCAAGUUCGGUCCCUCAGCAGAAGAUCUCGGGCCAUCCAGUGACUGUUGAUGAAAAGAUGGUUGGAUCAACCACAAGCUCUGUAUCUCCAAGUCAAAUGGGGUUGAUGGAUACGGUCCCUCAGCAGAAGAUCUCGGGCCAUCCAGUGACUAUUGAUGAAAAGAUGAUUGGAUCAACCGCAAGCUCUGUAUCUCCAAGUCAAAUGGGGUUGAUGGAUACGGUCCCUCAGCAGAAGAUCUCGGGCCAUCCAGUAACUGUUGAUGAAAAGAUGGUUGGAUCAACCUCAAGUUCUGUAUCUCCAAGUCAAAUGAGAUUGAUGGAUACAGUCCCUCAGCAGAAGAUCUUGGGCCAUCCAGUGACUGUUGAUGAAAAGAUGGUUGGAUCAACCUCAAGUUCUGUAUCUCCAAGUCAAAUGAGAUUGAUGGAUACAGUCCCUCAGCAGAAGAUCUUGGGCCAUCCAGUGACUGUUGAUGAAAAGAUGGUUGGAUCAACCUCAAGUUCUGUAUCUCCAAGUCAAAUGAGGUUGAUCGAUACGGUCCCUCAGCAGGAGAUCUCGGGCCAUCCAGUGACUGUUGAUGAAAAGAUGGCUGGAUCAACCUCCAGCUCUGUAUCUCCAAGUCAAAUGGGGUUGAUGGAUACGGUCCCUCAGCAGGAGACCUCGUGCCAUCCAGUGACUGUUGAUAAAAAGAUGGUUGCAUCAGCCACGGAUCCCACGUCUCCAAAACAGACAGACGAGGUGGAGAACUCGUGCGACGAAGCUAUCUUAGCCGAUUCAGCAUCCACCGAAGCUUCCAGAGACUUCCCAAAUGCUCGAACAACUCCAGAGAGAGCCUUACAAAGUCCACAAGAAUCGGCAGAAUGUCCUAGGGUUCCUAACCAAGUUGAUAUGGUUGACCUUCCCUCAGUUUCUCAGGAAGACAGUGGGAUCCAUUCGCCCUGUCUGCCUUCAUGGCAGCCUAGCCCUGUCCAUCAAGGAGCAUCUGAUGAAGAACCACCAAGGAUCCCGGAAGACCGUCCUGAUAACCACCUGUAUCCCUUUUUUCAAAAUUCGAUGGGUUUGAUUGAAGAUAUUUCUCAGGACAGUACAGACUUCACGGAUUCAGCUGUGCAGCUUUGCGAACCAAACGACAACUUGUGUGUGAACCUGUGUGUACCAAACAGUGUAUCAACUCGGCAGGAAUCGGUGGAAAACCAAGAUAGAUCUGUUGCAUUUGCUCAAUGUCUUCCGCUCGCCAAAGAAAUGGAUCUGGUUGAAAGUCCUGAAGGAGACCAUCCAGCUAGUCCUGUCCAUCAGGAAAUUUCCGAUGAAGCUGCAACAUUGCAGGACGAUUCUGGGGCCCAGCUGGAUUUUCUUGAGGGUUCUUCCAUUCCCCAACAAAAGGAUUGUCAAGUUUCCCAACAUCACCCAACAGACGAUGUUUUGGGGCCAGUUAAUGAACAGCUUGCAGAGUUCGAUUCGGUCACUCAGGAGGAACCGAAGAUCAAUCAGGGAGAAAAAAUCUGGGUGGAUUCUCAGCCCGCAACAGAAUACCUGAGCUUGAAGUCACCUGCUGCGGAAUUGGAGAUGUCCUUCAAGAGCGAAACGCGUUUGGAUCAAGAGAAUCUUGGAGACUCUUCUGCAAGAGAAGAAGAAGAAGCGGUCCCCGUUGAUGGCAUUGAAAAACCAACUGCUAACAGGACCGCUGUAGCUGAAGAGGUCCACAUUUUAAUGAAUGAAUUGGUAGACACGGUGUGUGCCAGGGUAGCUCAGAGUGAAGAAAUGAGGGCUCCAAAGAGCUUCGGUUGGAUUGAUUCAGCCCUGCUGGAGUGCGUGACACCCGCCGUGAGUGAUGAUGAGGGUUGCCCAACUGGUCAGCAGUCCCAUGCAGAUGUAAAAUGGGCUGAGGGACGUUUAGAAGAGAGUUCCAGCUUUGAUGACCAAGAAGAAGACUUACAAGAAGGACGAGGAGAGUCAUGUUCCCCAUUGAACGAGAACACGAUGUCCGAUCCAGGAGAUGUUUCUGAAAAAGGAAAUGAUGCUACCUCAGCUGCCACGGGGAUCUUCUCAAGUGGUGGGACAAGUCAAGCAGAGCUCGACACAACCAGCCCAAAAAGCAAAUGUUCAUGGCUCGAAACUAUUGAGUCACCAGAUGACUACAGUGCAAACGUGGAUGACUACGACGUGUCUACUUUGGAGAAAGUUGGGCAGACAGAGGCUAGUCCAGAAGAACCUAUCUGCAACAGAGAAGAUUGUUCUAGAGGAGAGAAUGUGGGCAACUCAUCCUUUGUCCAAGCAAAAUGUCAGGAGGACUCUUUGGCAGAAGAACCUGGUUCUUUGGUUGACCGAGAUUCAAAUGAAGUUCCAGAGGAUCGUGAAGAAGAAGCCAAAGAAGAAGCAAAGGGGUGCGUGGGAAAACUUGAAGACCCUCUACCUGAUGAAAGGACAGAGAUGUCCAUCAGUUCUUCAGGCACGGACACAGACUCGGAAGAUGAAUCUCGGAUGGUGGACGGUGGCCAAGAUCCCUGUGUAGAUUGGUAUACCACAAGAACAUUUGAGAGUUGGUAUCAACCAAAACUCAGGGCCUCCCCGAGCGUUGAAUCCGAGUUAACCCCUAGUUCAGUUCCUGGGAACGAGACUUGUAAAGAUGGAGAUUGGGUGUCCUCAGAAGCUAGUCAGAAGACAUCAGAUGCCGGGUCCAUGAAACGCAACGUUCCUUUGGGUUUAAAAAAAGGUUGCUUGUGGUCUGGUGACAUGGACCGUAAACCUCAGCCCUUCAAGGAUUAUAUCAAUUUCUCUGUCACCAAGAAGCACAAGGAGAAAAGCAGGACUUUCCACUCAUUCUCCAAAGAGCACCACCCUUUUUCCAGAGAUUUGGGGUCCAUCAACUCCUGGAGCAAGAACUGGGGUCUUCUGAAUGACCCGAUUCAGAACAUUUUAGACGUGGAGUCCUUGCGGUUCCACUGCAGGAUCCAGGCGCUCCUGAAAAGAUCGCAACGUUCUACCUCCCGCGUUCUUCCCAGCAAGAAGGUCCCAUCGCAAGGGAUAGCCGAAGGGUUGUCGCCGGGAACGGUCUCGGAAGGGACAAUUGCUAGGUUUCCCACCAGGAGCAAAAGUCCACUACUGGUCACCGUCGUCAACCCAAAUCCGCGGACUAGGUGCCGAAACGAUGACAUCUACGACCAGUUUCCAGCCAGCCUGCAUCCCUCUGCCCCAGCCAUUGCGUCGAGGAGCCGAGGUGGACUCGGUCCGAAGUAUCCCUUCCCUUCUUCGCAUCUCCAGAAACUGACCCACCCUACGCGGAACAGUUUUUCCCGGGAUAUCUCAUCCGUACUCGAAGAGUUUGCCGAGUUCAGCAGGGUGAUGACCUUGGAGAGCUCACGGACGCGCACCCUGGAUAGAGACCCCACAGCUACCUCAGAAAAGGUGAGCAAAAUACAGUAUCCACCUCGACCUCCCACGCCGCUCGUCUAUGAGGAUCUUCUCACCGAGCUGCGCAACGCACUACAUUUCCAGCUGACAAAUGUGGCCCAGGAAGCGUGCCGAAAACCCUUCUCGUUCUACUUGAUGGAAACAGAAGACGACCCGUUCUUCAGGAGAGUAAAGAAUUUGCUGAGGAAGGGAGGCCACUCCGAAGUGGACCUACUGCACUUCUGCAAAGGAAGCGGCGUGGAGACGGAGAACCUCUUGGUCAUCGUUCGAAACGAGGACAUUUGCUCACACAUCCACAAAGUAGGUUCCAAACUCGCUUUCGGCUCUUUCUGGGAAUUAAUUCUCAGCCCUUUAUCACCAACGGAGCCGGAUUUCUGUCUUUUUGAAGUCCUCUUGGGGGAACAAAGCCGUAAAAGCACUUCACUCAAUAUCCUUCUGGCCGGUCCUAAUGGAGAAAUUGUCUGUCCAUCACUCUUGAGAUCUGUUGAAAAUAUAGAUAAUCCCAGGGAAUUUCAACUAGCUAUAGAUGAAGAAGGGACUUGUUCUAAAGGAGUCAAAUCUGAGACUGAUGUCAUUGAUAAGCAUUCAGCCCUUUUGCCAAAUGAUCUAGUUUUAGACACCAAGCCUAGAAACCAGCAGAAGCAAACUAUCAAUGGUGGCUUCCUAAGGGCUUCCCAAGAUACUUUUUAUCUACCCCUAAUAAAUCCAGACAAGUUUGCACUGAAUAAUGGGAAGAAAAGAAAAAGAGAAGUGACCACCGGAACUGACAACACAGAACAAAUAGGUCAGAUAAAUUUUAGUUAA